AUGCAUGAGUUGCUUGAGAUUUUAUCAGGUCAGGUUGAGAACAUCUCACAAGUCGCGGAGGACACACUUCCUACUCCUCCUCUUGGGACGUCCGGCGUAGCUGCCGACACUGCCCUGCGCCCUCCAGCAGCGCAGCCUCCUACUCAUCCUUUUCCAAGCACAUCUGACACAACUGCCGGCACCUCUCCACAGCUUCCAGCAGUGCUGCCUCCUACUCCUCCUUUCCUAAGCACAUCUGACACAACUUCCGGCACCUCUCCACAGCUUCCAGCAGUGCCGCCUCCUUUCCUAAGCACAUCCGACACAACUGCUGGCACCUCUCCACAGCUUCCAGCAGUGCUGCCUCCUUUCCUAAGCACAUCCGACACAACUUCCGGCACCUCUCCACAGCUUCCAGCAGCGCCGCCUCAUGGUGAGAUUAUUGAUGACAGCCAUAAAGACGAUGAUGUGGAAAAGCAUGUCUUGGCAAGAUUGAGAGAAUUCCUUCAUGGCGUUCAAGGCCUUCUUUGA